AUGUUGAAUCAACCGGCGGACACCCUCAAAACUCUCAUCAACUCAGGAGCCACGUCAAACUUUAUCUCCCCCUCAAUCAUGGAAAAAUACAAAAUCCCCAAAACCCUACUCGAAAAUCCACGAGUAGUGAGAAUGUUAGAUGGUACCAUUUCACAGACUGGUCGCAUUUGGCACCAGGUACUCCUCACGGUUUUGGCCAACGGCCACACCCAUUCCAUUCCUUUCCUAGUUUGCCCGAUAGGCAACACCCCGGCAAUACUUGGCAUGACCUGGCUCACAAGCAAAUCCCCACUCAUUGAUUGGCAGCAAGGAACAGUCACGUUCCCUGAACAAGUAACAAUUGCCUCCAAGGAAGAAGCAGACCCCAACCCUCUGGCAAACCUUCCACCCCAAUAUCACAAAUUUGCCCGAGUCUUUGGAGAAGAGGAAUUCAAGGUCUUACCCCCACACAGGGAGUAUGAUAUUGCAAUAGACCUUAUCCCAGAUGCCAAACUCUCCCCUGGCCCUAUCUAUGGCAUGACAGACGCGGAAUCAAAGGCGCUAAAACAACACAUAGACGAAGAAUUGGCAACAGGAAAGAUCCGUCCUAGCACCUCUUCUGCUGGCGCCCCCGUCAUGUUUGUUAAAAAGGCGGAUGGAUCCCUUAGAUUGUGUCGUACACCACUGUAA